UACUCGAAAAUCAGUUGAGGGGUCUCUGUCCCAACUCUGAAAAGCCACUUUGCUUGCUUACUGUCCACCUUGUUUUCCCUUCAAGUUUCGUUUCCACCUGUUGCUCCACUCUCUCGACCAUCCUCACCUUUUUCAAUUUCUUUUUUUUUUUUUUGAAAAAAAAGAUUCCUUUCAAUCCCUAAUUUAUGCAUCUACUGUCCAUUUCUUUACCAUGAAAAAAUCAGUCCCUAAACGUUCAGAAAAUAGCAGUUUCAGCUUUAGGAAAAUAGACUGGGAGGUUAGGCCUGGUGGCAUGCUUGUUCAGAAGAGAGAGGUUGGGGAUGACCCUUUUGGGCCUAUGAUCAAGAUCAAGGUUUCUCACUAUUCCUAUCACUACGAAAUCACUGUCCCUGCUCAAUCCACUUUUGGGGAUUUGAAAAAGGUUCUUGUCCAAGAAACUGGUUUAGAGUCCAAGGAGCAAAGAUUGUUAUUUAGAGGGAAGGAAAAGGAGGACAAUGAAUGUUUGCACAUGGUAGGUGUAAAAGACAUGUCAAAGGUGAUACUACUUGAGGACCCUGCUUGCAAAGAGAGGAAGCUUGAGGAGAUGAAAAGAAAUCAAGGAAUGUUAAAAGCCUAUGAAGAAGUUGCCAAAGUAAGAGCAGAGGUUGAUAAGCUCUCACAGAAGGUUCUCACUUUGGAGAAAAUUAUUCACAAUGGUUCCCAAGUUGCAGAUAAGGAAUUUGUUGUCUUAACAGAGUUGCUUAUGGUAGAGUUACUUAAAUUGGAUGCAAUUCAGGCUGAUGGAGAAGCAAAAAAGCAGAGGCGGAUUGAGGUUCAUCGUGUCCAGAGCUUUGUGGACACUCUUGACAAUCUAAAGGUUAGAAAUUCUAUCCCCUUGACAAGUUGUAGCAAUGCAGUUUCUGUAACAACCAGAUGGGAGACAUUUGAGUCUGGAGUUGGAAGCCUGAACGCCCCAGUUCCAAUACAAUCUGCCACAAAAAUAACUCAGGACUGGGAGUUGUUUGACUAGACAAGUGGGCUUGAGUCUACACUGGUUGCCUGUAAAAAUUACAAUGGAAUAUGUUUAAUGCAAUACGACUCGGAAAAACGCAUAGUUUUUGCCGUUUUGAUCCUUACAAACUGUUUUUAUAUAUAAUUAGAGGGAUAAGUAUUGCUUUAAAGUUUAAACUACUCUAUGUUUUCUGUAAAUAGAUAUUUGUAAGGGCUAAGUUGCAUCUCUUUUUGAUUGCA